AAUCAUAAUAAGUUGGUACUUCUGUAAUAGCAUGUUUACGUUGGGACUUGGGACAGAAAUACAUGAUGCGCAUUCCGUGAUCUUCCAUCUUCCACAAAUCUUCUUCAAUGGAGUCUUCCAGCUCCCCCAAGGUUGAACCUGAUGCCGACGACGAUGUUUCAGAGGAAGUGUUUGAGCAUUUUGAUGAUUUCACUAUAGCUUCUUCAUGGGAAAGGUUCAUUUCUAAAAUUGAGGCAAUUUGUCGUCUCUGGAUGGCUGAUGGUCCUAAUAAUUUAUUGGAAAAAGGUGCAAUUCCCUUGGAGAAUUCCAAAAACUCAUACAAGAUCAAAUCUGAACUGCAGUAUGACGUGAAAAGUUAUUGCAUGGAGUACUAUUUUGAAACCAAAACUGGCAAAUCUUUUGACUGGAAUUCUACUUUUCAUGAUCUGCAGUUAUGUUUUGGUGUAAAGGAAUUUUUGCUCAUUGCUCCUCAAAGUGCAAGUGGUGUAGUUCUUGAUGCACCAGAGGCUAGCAAGCUGUUGAGUGCUGUUGCAAUUGCUCUGUCAAAUAGUUCAAGUUUAUGGCCAGCAUUUGUUCCAGUUCAUGAUCCUUCACGGAAAGCAUAUAUUGGCAUUCAGAACACUGGUACUGCAUUUACUAGAAGAUUUGAAGCAGAUCGAAUUGGUAGUCAAGUUCCACCGAGUCUCAUGCAUUUGGAGGGGCUGUAUCAGUUGUUUGUAUCUAAGUUUGCCUACUGCACAGACGAUCUCGAUAAACAUCUUAUCAAAGUCCAAUUUGCAAUGAAGCUGACUUACAGAACGCUUCCCUACGAUGAUGACAAUAUCAAAGAUAUUGAUGUUCAAAAUACAAAAUCUGGCAAAAAUCUCGCUGGUGAGUCCUCGAAUGAGAGACUGUGGGAUGAUGAUUGUUCUUGGAGUGAGUGGUAUUCUUCUGAAGAUCCUGUUAAAGGUUUUGAACUGAUAGCAAUAUGGUCAGAGAAAACAGUUGAAAGUUCUAUGAAAAUGGAAGAAGUGGAAAAUGCUUCACCUCAUGAAGCUGAGAAGUGGUUCAUCUCUCCAAGUUUUGCUCCAUAUCUACUUGAAUAUUCCAAUGGGAAUCAAUUUGGAUUUGCAUCUGCAUUGCAUCUUCUGGUUGAUGCAUUCGAGAUGUCCUUUGAGGCCCAAUUUCUAGAAGAUUUUGUUUCAGCUGAAAGCCCAGGUCCUGAUAAUUUGAAAUCCUCAAUGGUUAUACCUCCACCAACAGUUAGAGAUCGUGUGCUCAAAGAACUGUUUGACGAAGGUGUACAGCUUAUUGAUUCUGCUUAUGAUGAACAUAAGACCCCUCAAGCUAUAAAAGGCGCACCUCUUGAAACUCUUUUUGCACAAUUUUGUUUGCAUUCUCUUUGGGUUGGCAAUUGCCAUAUACGUGCUAUUGCUGCCCUUUGGAUAGAGUUUGUUCAAGAGGUGAGGUGGUGUUGGGAAGAGUCUCAACUAUUACCCAGGAUGCCAGUAAAUGGUUCAAUUGAUCUUUCAACUUGUUUGAUUAACCAGAAACUUCAUAUGCUUGCAGUAUGCAUUAAGAAGAAGCGUGAAUGGAAUGAAGAUCAUCGGGAAUGUAUGGGAAGUGAAGAUCAAAUAGACUAUAUGACUGAGGAGGAAAGUGCAGUUGGGGAUGACACAUCUAGUAUGCAGACACAGAAUGAGGAUUUUUCUGGGAAGUUUACAGGUGAACCCAGAAGCUUUCCAACCUCUCGUGAUCUACAUUAUUCUGAUACAGCAUCCACAGUUGGUCAAUAUCCUGUAAAGGAAGACCUCUUAAAUGGUGAAAAAUCUUCAGAUCAAACCAGGAGAGGUUCAGCUGGUGUCAUUGAUUCUAUGAUGCUUCUCAAGUCAUAUCAAAGAAUGCAUGCCCCAUACACUCAGGAAGCACCACUUAUGACAGAAGACAUGUAUGAGGAGCGUCUUCAAGCUCUAGAAGCUUCUAAUGGUUCAUUUAAUUAUUUUGCUCAACUGGAAAGAGAUAUAUUAACUUCAGACAUGGCAGCAUUUAAAGCAGCAAAUCCUGAUGCCAUUUUUGAAGAUUUUAUUCGGUGGCAUUCACCUGCCGAUUGGUUAGAGGACCCUGAGUUUGAGAAAUCAAAAGAUAAUUGGCCUCCAAGAGGACAUCUUUCAAAGAGAAUGUCCGAAAGUGACAACUUAUGGAGAGAACUUUGGGACAGGGCACAUGCUCUUGCUGCUUCAGAGCAGAAACCGCUUUUCGAUCCAAAUAGAGAAGGAGAAAAAGUUAUUCAUUAUCUGGAAACUUUAAGACCACAUCAAUUGCUUGCGCAAAUGGUAUGUACUGCCUUCCUAGCAGCGGCCGACACAUUGAAUAAGACCAGUUAUGGAGAAUUGAAACAGAUGGAGACUAAGAUGCAACAACUUUACCUCACCAUGGCACCUGCUUUGAAGCCAUUAGAAGCAAAUCGCUUAUCUGCAGAUAGCGAGACCAUUGAAGACCUAAAACGGCUGUGUGUUGUUUUCGGACAUGUUGAGAAUUUACUAACUGUUGCAGCUUCUCUUCAUCGCAAACUUGUACAAGCACCACGCCUUGCUGUCGAAAUCUUUAUCGAUUUCUACAAUUUCUACAUUCCAAGAAUGGGUACAGGCUUGGAAGAAGACUACUCCAACAAAAAGGAAUUCGACAAGAAACAGAUAGUUUGGAACAAUGAGAGAGAAGUUGUGUCAAGUAUGUUUGUUCCACCCACGGCAAAUCAAUCUUGGAGAAAGGUGUUCAGCAUGGGCAAUCUUCUCAAUGGUCAUGAACCAAUGGUGAGGGAGAUUAUUUUUUCACUUCAUGAUGGAGUGAGUAAUAAUCACUAUGCAGCUCCUAAUGCUAGUGUUUCUGAACAAGAAAUUGAUACAUAUAGAAUGUAUAUUUGUGGAACGUCUAAUGAUCUUCGUGUAUCACUCUCUGUUGUCUCAUGCGAUUAAUUUUAUUGGAAAAUUUUUGUAGUGAGUCCCAAACCGGGGUAAAAGACGAGGAUUACAUUAGAUAGUUGAUA